AUGACAGAAGGUGAUCAUCAGACAGGCGAUACAAUAGUACAAGCCAAGUCUCUUCUCAAGUCGAUACGAACCUUCGAAUUCAUAGUACUACUGAAGUUUUGGGAUUCGCUUCUAUCGCAAAUCAAUCGUGUCAAUCUCGCACUGCAAGACAAAAAACUCGAUAUUGCUCGUGCCGCAAAAAUGAUAAAAGGAUUGCUGUCACAAUUAAUCAUAUACCGAGAGACUUUCUUCACAACAAUUUUGCAAUCAUCAAUUGUGACAGCUGAACAAUUGCAAGUAACACCAGAUUUCCAAGAUACUCGAAAACGACCAAAGAAAAUGAUGCCGGGAGAAAAAGCGAAAGAUGAAUCUCCAUCUAUAAGUGCGCAAACUCAUUUCAAAGCAGGACUGAACCAAGUUCUUGAAGUAAAUAAAGUUGCCGAUGAUUUCGCAUUUUUGAGCGGUCAAGCAAUUGUGAACACCAGUGUUACUGAACUCACCAAAAUAGCGGCAGAUCUCGCUAUCAAAUAUCCUGAUGACUUGGAUCCGCAUGAAUUUUCAUCAGAAAUUGAGAGUUUCAAAUUUCAAGCAACGACGCUGAUGAGUGAAGCCACAGACAUGAACCAUUUGAAUGUAUUAGAAAAAAUAUUCGAUCUGUCGCUCGAGGAUGUAUAUCCGAACAUAACAACAGCACUGAGAAUAUUCAUAUGCAUGCCUGUUACGACGGCUACUUUUAGUAGCGGCGCAGCGGACCUCACCAAGGAUCAGUGCAAUAAAACGGUGGACAUCUUCGAGGAUGUCAGUUCGCCGGAGGUGAAUAGCCUGAAUGUAGGCCGGCCGUUAACUUGUUGGUACCGUUUCCGUACGCUAAAAGGUGCACCGCGGGACUUUGUGUUGCGGUUGCGUUUUAAAAAAUUUAAAGUUGGCACACUGCUGAAUGCUACACACUGCGAGGGCGGCUAUUUACAGAUUGUGGAUGGCAAUGCGAAGACUGAUGUAUCCAAUCGCCGUGAGCCCGGCAUGUUUUGUGGCGAGGCCGAGCAGCCGCAGACUUUCAUCAGUGAGACCAACUAUGUCAAAGUGCUGUUCCACACGGAUAAUUUUACCGAUCAGACAUAUUUCACAUUUGAUUCGCGUGCUGAACAACAAACGGAAGUUUACUUACGUUAUGGCCAACAUCCGGAACUGUAUCCCAAUCGUCGGGGCGAAGUGGUGCAAGGGUCCUACUGUGAGCGCGAAUAUCGCGAUUGCCGCCUACAAACGUGUUAUGUGCAAUCGCCCGCAUAUCCUGGCCUAUAUCCCCGCGCACUGAAUUGUCGUUAUAAAUUGCAUACGCGUCAGCCAUAUAUAAAACUGUAUUUGCAGAAUGAGCAAUUCGCGGUGGAUGGACAGCGGUGUGAGAACGUCAUGACUUGUCCCAUACGACCAAUAGGUUCUGGCAAGGAACACUGCCCCUACGAUUGGCUUGCCGUCUAUGAUGGUCGCGAUGAGCAUUCGCCACUUAUUGGCAAAUUUUGUGGGCUGGGCAAAUUUCCGUUUAGCAUUAUUGGCACCUCGCAGUACAUGUACGUCGAGUUCGUCACCUCACCGGCAGGCCCGCUGCUCAAUACUGGUUUCCAUUUCAAUGUUGGCAAUUGGCCCGGUCACGUCGAGACAGCGGGCAUCAAGCAUGGCAUAUGCGAUUGGCUGCUCAGUUCCGACUCGCUGAAGGAUAGUAGUGCCAGUGAGGGCAUAUUUUUGAGUAUCGCUCAUUGGUAUCCGCCGAAUACGUCGUGCAGUUAUCACAUUAAAGGGCGAAUAGGCGAAAUUGUGCGGUUAUAUUUUCCAAGACUCAAGAAAGGCGAAUAUCGCAAUUAUUUACCAAAAUUUGGCGAGCCAUUACAAAAUGUGACAGUACCUGUGGGACGAGAGGCGGUACUGCAAUGUGUUGUCGAUAAUCUGCAAACCUACAAAAUUGCGUGGCUGCGCGUCGAUACACAAACAAUACUGACGAUACAAAAUCACGUUAUAACGAAAAAUAACCGAAUGAGCAUAACCCAUGCUGAGAAGCGUGCUUGGAUAUUGAGAAUACGUGACGUUAAGGAAGCGGACAAAGGCUGGUAUAUGUGUCAGAUCAAUACGGAUCCGAUGAAAAGUCAAGUUGGUUACCUGGAUGUUGUGGGUGAGUACGACAAACUUAAUUGA